GGAAUUUUUUCGGGAGGUAGCAUUGUAAGGGUCCCGGAAGUUAGAGACCCUUUAGUGUCCGAAAUACACAACAAGUUCGGGGGGGACACGAGGCCCAACUUAUCCACAUCACCCGCCAUGGAAAACUUCCAGAAGGUGGAAAAGAUUGGGGAGGGAACUUAUGGUGUGGUGUACAAAGCUCGGAACCGGGAAACCGGGGAGGUGGUAGCUCUGAAGAAGAUCCGUCUGGACACGGAGACAGAAGGGGUGCCGAGCACAGCUAUCAGGGAAAUAUCUCUUCUCAAGGAAUUGAACCAUCCCAAUAUUGUCAAGCUUCUUGAUGUUAUUCAUACAGAGAACAAGUUGUACCUUGUCUUUGAAUUCCUCAAUCAGGAUUUGAAGAAAUUUAUGGAUGGCUCUAAUAUCACUGGAAUCCCCUUGGCUCUUGUUAAAAGUUACCUUUUCCAAUUACUGCAAGGAUUGGCGUUCUGUCACUCUCAUCGAGUGUUACACAGAGACCUCAAGCCACAGAACCUGCUUAUCAAUGCUGAUGGAGCCAUCAAACUUGCAGAUUUUGGGCUGGCACGUGCCUUUGGUGUCCCCGUGAGGACUUAUACCCAUGAGGUUGUUACCCUGUGGUAUCGAGCUCCUGAGAUCCUUCUCGGCUGUAAAUACUACUCCACUGCUGUGGACAUCUGGAGUCUGGGUUGCAUUUUUGCAGAAAUGAUUACUAGGAGAGCCCUGUUCCCAGGAGACUCUGAAAUCGACCAGCUUUUUCGUAUCUUCCGCACUCUGGGUACUCCUGACGAGGUGUCAUGGCCAGGAGUGACGUCUAUGCCAGAUUACAAAUCAACCUUUCCAAAGUGGGCUCGACAGGACUUUAGCAAAGUAGUCCCUCCUCUAGAUGAAGAUGGCAGAGACCUUUUGGCUCAAAUGCUUCAGUAUGACUCAAACAAGCGAAUCUCCGCUAAGGCUGCCUUGACGCAUCCUUUCUUCAGAGAUGUGACCAGACCAGCCCCACAUCUGCAUUAGCCACAUAGAUGGAAGAGGCUUCAUUACAGUGAUGUGAUCGCAAAGCCAUGGCUGACCAGAAGGACUGUGUUUGAAUGGGACGCUUAAACUGAGAACAGCAUUCAUUAGAGCGUGCCUUAUCAUUUUUUAAGGCAGUGCCACAUUAGAACAGCAUCAUUUUACUAUAUUGUAAUUUAUUUACAGUGGAUAGCAAGAUGCUGCAUGUGAUACAAAGCACUCAGUCUCUUUCUGCCAAUGUGGUACAUGUUCUUUCACCCCCCCCCCACACACAGAUUAGUUAAGCAGUUAAGUUAAAUCUGUCCCAUGUGUUAGUCUG